AACAAUAUCGUUUGACGAAUUUGUUAACAUGUCGAAGAUUUUUACACCGACGAACCAAAUUCGUCUGACGAAUGUGGCCAUAGUGAGGAUCAAAAAAGGUGGCAAGAGGUUCGAGAUCGCCUGUUACAGAAAUAAAGUUGUGUCAUGGAGAAAUCAGGUGGAGAAGGACAUAGACGAAGUAUUGCAAACACACACAGUAUUUACCAACGUUUCCAAAGGCCAGGUUGCUAAAAAGGAAGAUUUAAUCAAAGCAUUUGGAAAGGAUGACCAAACUGAAAUAUGCAAGGAUAUAUUGGCCAAAGGAGAGCUUCAAGUCAGUGACAAGGAACGACAGAGCCAGUUGGAUCAACUUUAUAAGGAUAUUGCCACAACAGUUGCAGAUAAAUGCUUAAAUCCUGAACUAAAACGACCUUAUCCAGUUACAAUAAUUGAAAAGGCAAUGAAAGAUGUUCAUUUCUCAGUUAAACCCAAUCAGUCAGCAAAGCAGCAGGCACUGCAUGUUAUUAAGUUGUUGAAGGAAUCAAUUCCUAUUGAAAGGGCAAAGAUGAGGUUAAAAGUUAAUUUUAAAGGCAAAGAGGCUAAAAAAAUAAAGGAAAAACUGAUUAAAAUGGAAAGUGUUGAGGUUGAAAGUGAGGACAGGAUGGAAGAUCAAAUUACAAUGGUUCUAUUAGUAGAUCCUGGGCUCUUUAAGGACAUUGAUCAGCUUUUAAAAACAGAAACUAAAGGCACAGCUUUUCUAGAAGUUAUGUCAUACAAGGAGAUGAUCCUUGGAGAAGAAUAUUUAUAAAUACUUUAUGAACUUAUUAAAUUUUUUAUAUUCGUUA